AUGCUUUGGCUAUUGGCAGUUGUGCUACAUAUCGUCUUUAUAGGCUAUCAGUUCCUACCGUUCAAAGUGUCCAGAGGUGACACUUACGAGAGUAGUACUCGUGGCGCCCAGGCAAGACUCGUGAAGAGAGAAGGCCCCGACGGCACCGUUAUUAUGGUGCUGGAGAACCAGAGCUCGUUCUACUCGGUGGACUUACAGCUGGGCUCCAACAACCAAAGCGUCAUCGUGCUGGUGGAUACAGGCUCCAGUGAUUUGUGGGUGAUGGGCUCGGAUAACGUCUACUGCAGUCCAGGGACUACAACGUCAGACAGGAAGAAGAUGUUGAAGAAAAGAUAUAGACAGUUGUCUGACUCUGAGAUUAUCCACGAGUUAGGAUUGGACCACCAAGGGAAGUAUAGACAGCUGAAUGAUAGCUCCUUCCUGGAGUCUUUGACACAUGAACUGGACACUUCGUUCGUCGAUGGCUCCGUGAAUAAGGCAAAUGCAGGAACACGCUCAUCUUCGUCGAGAGACUCAAGGGCAACCAUCGAUUGCUCCGAGUAUGGAACGUUUGACUCUUCAUCUUCGACCUCAUUUGUGAGUAACAACACGGAAUUCUUUAUCCUGUAUGGUGAUUCUACGUUUGCGUACGGUACUUGGGGCUAUGAUAACGUUGUUAUUGAUGGACUGGAAGUUUCAGGUCUAUCAUUUGCAGUGGCAAACGAGACAAACUCAUCUAUCGGAGUCUUGGGUAUUGGAUUGGAGGGAUUGGAGACUACAUAUUCUGGUUCAUUAGCCGGUAGCAACCGUUACACGUACUCCAAUUUACCCAUGAAGAUGGUUGAAGAUGGCUUGAUCCAUAAGAGAGCCUACUCUCUGUACCUGAAUGAUGUUGACGCUGAAGAAGGUAACAUAAUCUUUGGUGGUGUUGACCAUGCAAAAUACACUGGUAAUUUAACCUCUGUUCCGGUGAUCAACACUCUGGAAAGCUCUGGUUAUAGCGAGGCUAUCAAAUUGGAAAUUACAUUACAGGAUGUCUCGUUUGAUGGAACAUCUGUACUUGACUCUGUGGAGUACGCAUUGUUAGACUCAGGCACCACUUUGACAUAUUUGCCUAGUUCCGUUGUCAGUGCGUUAGCUGAUCAAAUCGGUGCAACAUAUUCUUCAAGAUAUGGCUAUUACAUUAUGGAUUGUCCCGAUGAUACCGGCAAUCAAAACAUUACGUUUACCUUUGACGGUACUCAAAUUGCAUGUCCAUUGAGCAACUUCAUCCUUGCGGCUGAUACUUCAGGCACUACUUGUGUGUUUUCAAUCAUGUCCUCCGAUACCGUUAUCUUGGGAGAUUCCUUCUUGAGAAGCGGUUACAUCGUCUAUGAUUUGGAUGAUUUGGUCAUUGCAUUGGCACAGGUGAAAUUCACAGACGAGACGGACAUUGAAGUGAUCACUUCAAGCAUACCAAACGCCGUUACUGCUACUGGCUAUUCCUCUACUGCUGCGACUAAUGAUAACGGUGCUACUGUCGGAGUGUUGGGUUCAGUGUCCACAUCAACCUCUGAGUCAAAUUCGGAUUCUGGCUCAAGUUCGAGCUCCUCGAAUCGUUCCAGCGUCUUUCAUUCAUGGUUUAAAACGUGA